AUGGAGAGGAGUAGCGACAAUCAAGGAAGUGGCGGCUCUGGCCGUGGUCGCGGCGGCACCGGAAGUAAUCGUGGUGGCGGUGGUGGCAGAGGUGGGAAUUACCCACGUAACCAACACCAUCAGCAGGGUCAGUAUCAAAGUGGUGGUGGUGGAAGAGGAGUAGGUAGGGGUUGGGUUCCCAUCCAGACCGGUGAUCAGCAGCGGGGUAAUAGGCCGCAUCAAAGAGGUCAAGGUGGUGGCGCGUACAGGCCACAUCAACAGAGUGGUCAGGGUGUGGGGCCUACAAGGGUGGAAUCAAGUGAAGGUUGUGUGGUUGGUGGAGGAGGAGGAGCGGAUGGUGGAAGAGGAGUGUGGACUUGGAGGCCUAGGGGACCCACUUUUGUGCCUGGUCAAUCCCAACCUGGGUCUUUGCCUGGUAGCGACAACCGUGGAAGUGGUGGCUCUGGCCAUGGUCGGGGCGGCGGCGGUGGUAGAGGUGGGAAUUACCCACGACACCAGUACCAUCAGGAGGGUCAGUAUCAAGGAGGUAGUGUUGGCGGAAGAGGACGGGUUUGGGUUCCUACCCAGAUCGGUGGUCAGCAGCGGGGUAAUUACCCCGUUCACAAAGGUCAGAGUGGUGGGUCUGUUCAGUCUCCGUCUCCGUCUCCGUCUCCGUCUCAGAGAGUUCCUGAUCAAACGAAUCCUAGUAUUCCUCUUAACUUAUUUCUUUAUAUCUUAAUGCGAAUAUGA